AUGGCCGACAAAGGUCUCGAAGAAGUCCCUGAAUCUCAAAUCGAGUCAAACUACGAUGAAGUCACCGAUUCCUUCGAUGCGAUGGGUUUGAAGCCGGAUUUGCUGCGUGGCGUUUAUGCCUACGGCUUUGAGCGUCCCUCAGCGAUACAGCAGCGUGCAAUCAUGCCGGUGAUCAAAGGAUCGGAUGUGAUCGCCCAGGCGCAAUCCGGCACCGGAAAGACGGCUACAUUCUCUAUUUCCUGCCUCCAGAAAAUCGAUCCCAACCUCAAGGCUUGCCAGGCUCUCAUCCUCGCCCCGACGCGUGAGCUGGCGCAGCAGAUCCAAAAAGUGGUGGUGGCAAUUGGCGACUUUAUGAAUGUGGAGUGCCAUGCUUGCAUCGGCGGAACCAAUGUCCGAGAAGAUAUGAAAGCGCUCCAAGAUGGCCCUCAGGUGGUUGUCGGCACUCCUGGACGAGUGCACGACAUGAUUCAGCGCCGCGUGCUGAAAACCGACAGCAUGAAGAUGUUCAUCUUGGACGAGGCUGACGAGAUGCUUUCUCGUGGUUUCACCGAGCAAAUCUACGACAUCUUCCAACUCCUCCCGCAGUCUACUCAAGUCGUUCUCUUGUCCGCCACGAUGCCACAAGACGUUCUCGAAGUCACCACCAAAUUCAUGCGCGACCCUGUCCGUAUCCUUGUCAAGAAGGCGGAACUGACCCUCGAAGGUAUCAAACAGUUCUACAUCGCGGUUGAGAAGGAAGAAUGGAAACUCGACACCCUCUCCGAUCUCUACGAGACGGUCACCAUCACACAAGCAGUUAUCUUCUGCAACACUAGAAGAAAGGUUGACUGGCUCACCGACAAACUCCAGGCGCGCGACUUCACUGUCUCUGCUAUGCAUGGCGAUAUGGAGCAGGCCCAACGCGAUGUGAUCAUGAAGGAGUUCCGGUCGGGAUCUUCACGGGUCCUCAUUGCCACUGACCUUCUGGCUCGCGGUAUCGAUGUUCAACAGGUCUCACUGGUCAUCAACUACGAUCUUCCCGCCAACCGUGAGAACUACAUUCACCGUAUCGGACGUGGUGGUCGUUUCGGCAGAAAAGGUGUUGCCAUCAACUUCGUCACCGCUGAUGAUGUCCGCAUGAUGAGGGAAAUCGAGCAAUUCUACAGCACUCAAAUCGAAGAGAUGCCGAUGAACGUUGCUGGUAUUUAA